UUUCGUUUUUUCGCUGCGGUUAUUGUUGAUCAAAUUAAACAACAACAACAAGUUGAUUAUAUCCAAUGUUUGAUGGUGAUUUGUCCGAAUUUUACUCUUCUUUUCUGACAUUGUUGUCGUAAUCGUCAUCGUCUCUUGCAAUAUAUUCGACCCGAAAUUUGUGCAAAGAAUUGAUUUAAGAGAAAUUAAAAAGAGAUUAUCAUUUCCCGACACACAUGAGAGGAAGAAGAAGAAGAGACAUAUAUCCCAAUAAGCCCGAAAGGUUUUCGAAAAAAACAUAGAGCAAAAUUCAGAUCAUAGGCAAACACGUAUUGAAAUGAAAUGAAAAAAGAAAAAAAACGUCCACACGACAUGACAUAGUGGUCAUCAAACCAUCUCGGCGAGAUUCACUUUCUUGAAUUUUCUCCAAUAUAAAUACCGGUGUCAUUCGUCAGUGAAUAACCAUCAUUCGAUCCAAUCGUUUCAUCAAGUCAACACUGUCUUUUUCAACUCAACAUUCACUAAAUCAAAAUGAAGUUCUUCAUUGUGUUAAUAUCGGCUGUCCUCGCCAACGCCAGUUAUGGUUCCAAAGGUUCUAGUGGUGGUGGUGGUGGUGGUUAUGGUGGAGGUAGUUCUGCUGGUUAUGCAAGUCUCGGCGGUUAUGGCGGUGGACGUGGCGGAAAUGCUGCUGCCUUUGCUGGAGGUAUAAUUCCGGCUGCUAUCCAAACAUCUCAUAAUAUUGAGUUUCGUGAGGUCCCAUCUACUGGUUCCGUUCAACCAGCAGUUAUCGAGGUGGGAUCCCAAUCACUCCCGGUCAUGAUUCUUUUCCGAUCCAGCUCUUCAACGUUGAAUGUACAACAAAUGCAUGACUCUGCACAAGGCAGUGUCCAAGAGUCGUCUAGCGAAGAUGAACCUCACAGAUUAAUUCACCAGGUCACAAAACCAGUGAUCCAAGAGGUACAUGAGGUAAUCACGCCAUUCCGAAAAAUUACUCAGGAAAUUAAACCUGUUGAGGAAGAAAUUAACACGAUAAUUGCAAGAAAUUCUGGUUUUGGAAGUGGAGCCGCUGCUUUUGGAAAUUCUGGCGCUGGUUUCGGAUUUUCUGCCGGUGGUGGUGGAGCUGGAUUAGGUCUAGGUGCUAUGGGAGGUGGCGGCUACAGUAUUGGUGGUACCAAAUCAUCCGGUCUUAGCCUUGGUGGAAGCCUUAGUAAAUCAUCAAAAGCAAGCUAUGCUGCAGCCGCAUCAUCUCAAGCUGUCAUAACAUCAUCAAAACCAUCACCAUCAUCUUCUGCCUCAUCAUCAUCAUCAUCAUCAUUGUCAUCAGCAUCGCCAUCAUCAUCAUCGUCAAUAUCGGUGAAAUCAUCGUCUGGCUACUAAAUAUAGUGGGCAGAACUAUUCAUCAACAUGGCCAAUAAAUAAAUUGCUGAUGAAAGAAUCCAUAUCCACAUCCAUAUAUAAUCUAUAUAAAUCUCAUUCAUUUUAAUUUAAACGAAAAAGUAAAUAAAUCAUUUCAAUACCAAUUCGU